UAAAGCAGCAGCAGCGCAGAAAAGUUGAGCCAGUCAAACCAGAUUGUGCGUCCUGACGCACCAGUGGAACAGCAGCGAUGGGAGCUUCGCAGACGCGCUCCGGGAAGUACCAGGACCUGGCGGACAAAACUGGCUUUUCCCUGGAGCAGAUUCAAAACCUUUACAAACGAUUCCAGCAGCUGAGCGGAAAUGAAGAAACGAUAAGUAAAGAAAACUUGGACAGCAUUCCAGCCCUCGCCAAUAAUCCGAUCAGAAAGCAAAUUGUCGAUGCGUUCUUCGAUAAAAGAAACCAGCAUCAGGGUGAGGUGGGCUCCUUCGAGGAGAUUGGCUUCGAGCAGUUCCUCAUGGUCAUGUCCCACUUCCGCCCUCCAACCUUGAAGACGACGGAGGAGGAGAAGGAAGCUUUGAGAAAAGAGAAGCUGCGUUUCCUGUUCAACAUGCAUGACACAGACAAUGACGGCACCAUCACUCUGGAGGAGUACAGGAAGGUAGUAGAGGAGCUUCUGUCAAAAAGCGGCGCCAUCGGUCAGGAAGCUGCCAAGGCGAUAGCAGAUGCUGCCAUGUUGGAAGUGGCAAGCACAAAUGUGCCCCACAUGGCCCCAGAUGAUUUCUAUGAAGGAAUCACAUUUGAGCAUUUUGAACAGAUUCUGAAAGGGCUUGAAAUGGAGUCCAGGAUGAACAUUCGCUUUUUGGAUGUAGACACCACGACAAUGCGAUGCGGGAAAACAACCUCUUGAAGUUCUUCUUGGAAAGAAAUGUUCAUGUUGCUGCUGUUUUUAGCAGAACCUCUCCAAUCCUUAAAUGGAGUGAAGCCAAAUUCUUUCGAUACGCACUAAUAUAUUUUUGGAUGGAGGGAAAUAAUUAUAGACCUAAUACUGUCUCGUAAGUACAUUUUUAUAGGAAUUACAAAGACUGCUGCACAAGCUGAACAACUUUUAAGCCUAAACAAAUCAGUUUCACAAAGUUGUUAAUUCCAUUUUAAAGCAUUGUGAUCCUACGAGAAGCAAGCGUCACAUAUUUCAAAGGGAUUUAUUUCCCAUCUUUUCUAACACUCCUAUUAAAGGGGCUACAUGUAAGAAUUGGCCACCUGUCGAAUUCAUAACCCAAAAAACAAGGAAAUGCACAGCAAUUCCUUCACAUUCAGUUGAUAAUGAAGUUAAAAUUCUAACAUGCAGCUCCUUUAAUUUAAUCAGGGUUCAAACUAACACUACCUCGUCUGUAUUCUCCUGCAAUUCCACAACUCUUUUAGUAACCAGCACGUCAUGUGAAGGGUUCUUUAUUCUUCAGUCGAAAGCGUCACAAUUCAGAUGGAGACAGUCAUGCUCAGUGGCUGCUCUGGCAUUCAUGGGUCAUCUGUUAUGGCUAGCGUCCAAAGCAUGAGACUGCAAGCACAUGCCAUUCCGCUGCAACUCCAGAAUAGUUACAGGUUUAAUUUAUCUGGUCCUCUGAGACUCUGUGUCACCAACCACUGCUGUUCUUCCAUGAAAAUCCAAUGCUUUUUGGCUGCUAGUGCAUAAAUUUAACACUUUGCCUAACAUGAAUUAUUAGACUUUGCACUGAGUUGUAUUCAUGAAUAAAAUACAUUUAAGACAUUAAGAUAAAAUGCAUGCAUUUUUUUUGGAGAAGUUAAUAAAUGUACCA